UUGGCUAUUUUUAAUUUUUAUUUUAGUUUACUGUUCAACUAGACUAAAAAUUUAUAUAUUCAUCUACCAGUCUGACUCGCUCCGAUCUGAUCGAUCCCCGUUUACUUUUUAUUUUAUUUUAUUUAUUAUACUCAAAACAAAAGAGAGAAUAAGAAGAAAUAUAUUUGAUAUUUGGGGCUAAAUCAAAAUCAAAAUCAAAAUCAAAAUCAAAAAUGGCUGUGCAAAGCAUUACUACUACUCCUACUACCAAUCUUUUCCUCACCAAAUCGAAAUCGGCAACGCUGUCUUUUACCUCAAAAUGCAAUGAUUCUUUAGUUGUUGUAGGAAUUGGAGGUCAGAGGAGGAGAACACCAAUUUUAUGUGCUACCAACAACAAUAGCAGUAGCAGCAGCAAUGAAAGUAGCAGCAGCAGCAAGAAAAGUGGAGGAGGAGGUGCAGUGCCGAAUUCGAAUUAUGUGGUUCCACUUGACAAAUCAUUUACAUCAACAAACUCAUCUUGCAUCACUCGCCCUCUUGUUGAGAUCCUCAGAGACCUCAACAAGAGGAUUCCUGACAAUAUCAUCAAAUCCUCUGAUGAUGAUCACACUUCCUUCGCCACUUUCAUCCCCUGGUACCAUGCUAAUCGGAUGUUGAGCUUCUAUGCCCCUGGAUGGUGUGGAGAGAUACGUGAUGUUAUAUUCUCUGACAAUGGAGGUGUGACUGUGGUGUAUCGUGUCACCAUACGUGGAUCUGAUGGAGAGGCUUACCGUGAAUCAACUGGGACAGUAUCACCUGGUGAUGGCCACAUUGUGGAUCCAGUUGCUGAAGCAGAGGAAAUAGCAUUCUGCAGAGCGUGUGCCCGGUUUGGCCUUGGCUUGUAUCUCUAUCACAAAGAAUAGAUGUUACAGAUGGCAAGGAGGUUGACAUUCCAAUUAUGUUAUUUCAUUUGUUGAGAACGUGAUAGUACUUACUAUCAACCCUUCUGGUUGAUGUACAUAUAUUUAAUAGAUGUGAAGCUAGAAUCCACAGAUUAUCCAGUUUGGAUCGUGGAGAGAACCAAGCCUUUAUGACAUUUUGUUUGGUUAAGUGAGUUCUUAAAUUGCUUAUAAAUAAGACAUUCUUCAGAAA